GAAUACUUCGUUUGAUAUAUCAUCAUGACCUAGGAUGUUCUGCCAAAAGAGCAGAUGACUCUUGUAUUUCGCGAAUUGGAUUAUGAGUUGGUUUGCGGUCGCACAGAACAUUCUACACUAAGAGCUUUCCUAUGACUCCUGUGCCAUACAGACGCAUAGAAAGUCCUCUGUGCCAAACGAAAGUAACCCAGCAACCUUCUUCCUCUUACCAUCUACUCAUCUACUCAUCCACUCAUCUCACCUCCUCAUCUCAAACAAGAUGCCUACCAACAUCCCCUUCACAAUGAAGACGCGCUCAAGCGUCCAAAAGCAACACGAGGUCAGAAUUACACACAAAUUCACGACCAUCAACGGCAGACGAGCCGUUCAGCUCUUCACGGAGAGCAUCAAGGGCAAGGGAUCCAUGACUCUAUUCCUGAGUCCCAGACCUUCGCCAAAACUCAGACUGGGUAAAGUUCCCAGAAGGCUAUUCACCAAAGCCGCAACACCUCCCUGCCUGCUUCAUCACAAUCCUCUGGCAGACGACGACGAGAAACCCAUGGUAUGGACAACCAGCAGCCUUACCGACAGCGAAAUGUUGGAUGCUCAGACGACCAGCAGCAACCACCUCGCCGACAAAAUCAUCGCCGCUGCCGAUGACAAAAUUGAGAUUGAUUCUGCAGAGAGCGAUAUCACAAUGGCUGGCAUCGAAUCAGAAGCUCUCGCAGAAGUGGACGUAAAGAUGGAGGACUUCGACGACGAACAUGUCGACAUCGAGAUGAAGUAGGC